AUGUCUAAUGCCGCUACCCAUGACGUAUUAUCCACGAGAACACUGCUGAGUAUAGCGAGCCUGCUGAGAAGAAGCCGUGACCAGCGAGCCCCCUUGGAGGUCUCUAUCACUACUUGGGAGUAUCUGCGGCCGUCUAUUCGAGGCUUCACUCUAGACCGACAUUAUGAUGUCGAUACAGAGGAUGGCAACAUCUAUCCGGUGUACACUAGGCUGGGUAGCAGCCACCUGGUGUGGGUUGCCUAUCCCUCUGAUCAAUACGUACUCGAGAGUCUCUCGCUUACUGGUACCCGGACCCAGCUAGCAGAGAUCUCUUUGCCUUAUGUUCACAACUCCAUAUGUGCCCAUAUGAUGAAGAAUCACCCUUGCAUAACGUUUGUAUUCAACACCACAGUCACUCAGCUCACAGGGUGGUCAGUAUGUGAGGAGUCGCCUCGAGAGGACCUACCUGUUGCUGACGUCAAGAAGUCUGCUGUUGUCGUUGAUCUACUGGUAGAGUUGAUGACUGUAGAUCCCUACUCUGAAGUGUUCUACGGCAUCGCCCCUGGUCUGGGGUUUUCGGACAACUUUCUCAUCCGAAUGUCCCCUAUGGAUGGUAUGUGGGCAUGCGAUUCCUUAUGUAGCGUACCGGAGCUCAUUCAAGGCUUUGCUAUUCUGGAGUCGGAGAUAUUCAUCUUAGCUGGGCUGGAGGCAAGGCAUGAUGCUGAGGAAACGGUCUUGCAGCGACGAGAGGGCCGAGGGUGGGAGACUCUCCUUAUCAUACCCCGACAGUGUACUUCCAUGGACAUCGAUUAUAAACGUAAAUGGUUAUACAUUCUCGGAGGGUCUCCCGAUAAGGCCGAUUGGAGCCUUUGGAUCUACUCAAUCGACAUGAGGGCUGUCCUCUACCGAUUCGAGCUGCCUAUGCUUGGCACGGCUCGGGGAGGUACUGGGAUUGCCGCUAAUGCGGCCAAUAUCACCCCAGAGAGGGUAUUCCUAAGGCCUGAUGGAGGCCUUUGGAUAACACGAAUCCUCCAGCCUGAUCCUGAGCGUUUAGACUUCGACCACAGAAUAGAGGUGUGGUACCCUAUUGUGGACUGAAGUAGUAGCGGUAGUAGUAGUGUUCUCGUGCGAACUAGAAUAUUAAUAAUGAUUGCUUUUCCUCUCUAAGUAUUGCAUGAUGUCAUCUCUUGCUGCUGCUGCUGCCCAUGCUGUGCCCUGUAUUGCUAAACAGCUGUUGGCCGUCGAUUGAACUGCAUAGCAUCUCAACCUUAGGCUAUAUCACUUGAUAAUAAUAACAACGAGAAGA